AUGAUUCGGUAUCGACGAGACGAUGAACCGAGCUCAGCCGCCGUCGCCGUUGCCAUCACCGCCAGCAACAACACAAAUAACAGACUGCGUCUAAACGGCCACAUUUUGCACUGCCUGAAUCGCUCGAACGACAUGCAACUUUCCCAAAAUGGUAGAAAGCAACUGCAAUUUCUCGUACCUCCUCAUUUCGCCAUUUUUGCUACACUCCAGCUGCGAGGAGUAGAACGAUCACUGAAGUCAUUCCCCAUCAAAAAUUAG